AAAUUAAUUAAAAGGCAUAGUUAAUCGAUCGACGAUGCAAGCGUUCUGCUCGCUGCAUUCGCUUUCUCUGCUCGACUGUUACAGCUGCAUUUGGGGUCUGCUCGUCCUUUGGAGAAAUGGCAACAACAGUGAAACUGAACACCGGUGCACAAAUGCCCAUUGUGGGACUGGGGACAUGGAAGUCUCCCCCAGGCAAGGUCACAGAGGCGGUGAAAGCAGCCAUCUCAGCGGGUUACAGGCACAUUGAUGGAGCGUAUGUCUACCAGAAUGAGGCCGAGGUGGGAGAAGGCAUUCAGGCCACGAUCAAGGAUGGCGUGGCCAAACGAGAGGAUCUCUUCAUUGUUAGCAAGUUGUGGUGCACUUUUCAUGAGAAGUCCCUGGUGAGGCAAGCCUGUGAGAAGACUCUCAGUGAUCUGAAACUAGACUACCUUGAUCUCUAUCUAGUGCACUGGCCCAUGGGUUUCAAGGCUGGCAGUGAGCUCUUUCCUUUAGACAGCGCAGGUGAGACGAUCAGUGACAGUACUCACUUCCUGGAGACAUGGGAGGGGAUGGAAGAGCUGGUGGAUGCUGGUUUGGUCAAAGCUAUCGGUGUCUCCAACUUCAACAAGGAGCAGAUUGAAUCUCUUCUCAACAAGCCAGGCCUCAAAUACAAGCCAGCCAACAACCAGGUGGAGUGCCACCCGUACCUGACCCAGGAGAAGCUGAUCAACUACUGCCACUCCCAGGGCAUCUCGGUGACCGCCUACAGCCCCCUGGGUUCCCCGGACAGACCCUGGGCUAAACCAGAAGACCCAUCACUGCUGGAAGAUCCGAACAUUAAAGCCAUUGCUGAGAAGCACAAGAAGACGCCAGCUCAGGUCCUGAUCCGCUUCCACAUCCAGAGGAACGUGAUUGUGAUCCCCAAGUCAAUCACACCUCAACGCAUUCAGGAGAAUUUCCAGGUGUUUGACUUUGAACUAACUGAGGAGGAAAUGAAGACUAUAUCAGGAUUUAACAGGAACUGGAGAGUCUGCCCAAUGCAUUGGAGCACAAAGCACAAGGACUUUCCAUUUAAUGCUGAAUAUUGAAAUGAAAAAUGCUGAUUUAACAGUGGGUGCUGUGGUGUGCUUCUCUACACUCUACAGUGCUCACUUUCCUGUUCUUUAAAGCAGUGUGGCCUUGCUUCAGAUUUAUAUUUUCAUAUUACAUUCAUCAACAGAAAAAUUGACUUUCUUUGUUACCAGGUGUGUCUCUGUGAAAACUUGUAACCAGUUUUACGCACACUCCUAAGACUUCUUUAUACCCAAUUAUUUCAGUUAUAUCUGUUAAUGCAUGAAUUGAAUGGUCUGAGACAUCACAUUUCACUGAAAUUAUGUUUUUAUAUGAUUUCACGUGACUAUACAUUGAUGUAAUGAUUGAAAUGCAGAUCUUAAUACAAUGACAAAGCACCUCCUACUAUUACUAUGUGAGUCACAGACGGCAUCAUGUGUAGAACACCGUUACAAAAUAGUCGCUUUCACUUCCCGUGUGAACUGAUUUUUUGUUAAGCAUCAAAAUAAAGUCCUGUUGAAGAUAAUACAA